AUGGAGGGACGCGGCAAACAGAAGAAGAAAAAAGAUCAACAUGUCACGGUAGUGUUCCCCUCACCGGAAGAGCUGUCACCGGUACGGUCAGCAGAUGUCUUUGCAAUUUGCAAUUUUUCUGGAUAUACGUCACUAUUCUGUUCAUAUCUAUCUAUCUAUCUAUCUGAGUCUGUUCAUAUCUAUCUAUCUAUCUAUCUAUCUGAGUCUGUUCAUAUCUAUCUAUCUAUCUAUCUGAGUCUGUUCAUAUCUAUCUAUCUAUCUAUCUAUCUGAGUCUGUUCAUAUCUAUCUAUCUAUCUAUCUAUCUGAUCUGUUCAUAUCUAUCUAUCUAUCUAAGUCUGUUCAUAUCUAUCUAUCUAUCUGAGUCUGUCUAUUCAUCUAUCUAUCUAUCUAUCUAUCUGAGUCUUCUAUCUAUCUAUCUAUCUAUCUAUCUAUCUGAGUCUGUUCAUAUCUAUCUAUCUGAGUCUCUUCAUAUCUAUCUAUCUGAGUCUCUUCAUAUCUAUCUAUCUAUCUAUCUGAUCUGUUCAUAUCUAUCUAUCUAUCUAUCUGAGUCUGUUCAUAUCUAUCUAUCUAUCUAUCUGAUCUCUUCAUAUCUAUCUAUCUAUCUAUCUGAGUCUGUUCAUAUCUAUCUAUCUAUCUAUCUAUCUGAGUCUGUUCAUAUCUAUCUAUCUAUCUAUCUAUCUGAGUCUCUUCAUAUCUAUCUAUCUAUCUAUCUGAGUCUGUUCAUAUCUAUCUAUCUAUCUGAGUCUGUUCAUAUCUAUCUAUCUAUCUAUCUAUCUCCGUAA